AUGGCUGAUGAGCCACGACGUUCCGGCCGCUCAACGAAAGGCCAGCACAAGAACCUCGACAUGGUCACCGAAACACCCAUGAAGAAAUCGAAGUCCAAGUCACAAUCGAAAGACAAGUCCUCCAAACCCUCCGCCGAACCGACUCCUGGACCUAGCGAAGAAGAGGAAGAAGAAAUCAUAAGAUGUAUUUGUGGGGAAUACGAGGAGGAGGAAGAUGUCGAACGCGACAUGAUCUGCUGCGACCAGUGUUCAGCAUGGCAACACAACGACUGCAUGGGUCUCACAUUCGCGAAAGGAGAGGAACCGGAUCAGUACUUCUGCGAGCAGUGCAAGCCGGAGAACCACAAGGAGCUUCUGGACAAGAUGGCGCGCGGUGAGAAGCCCUGGGAGGAGGUUGCCGAACGAAGACGCAAAGAAGCCGAAGAGAAAAAAUCACGGCGCAGGAAGGGCAAGAAGGGCGGCAGGAGAGGCAGACCAAGUGAGGCCAAGACAGAAGAGAGUACACCAGCUGCUUCGGUCAAGGCCCAAACUCCGAGUUCGGCUCCUUCUGUGCCUCCAACCGUGCCGCAUGCAAUUGAGGAAAAUGGCCACGCCGGUGAUCCCGCACCCGCCGGCACGCCCAAGCGCAAGUUUGAAGAACACCAAGAGAGCCCACAGUCUGAAGCCGGACCUAAACCGAAACAACAGAAAGUAUCGCCUCCAGCCAAGGAAGCAACACCGCACAGGAAACCCUCGACUAACGCGCCUUCAUCUCGCCAGAGCUCUGUCACUGAGAAGACAUCUGAGGGACCGGGCAGUCUGGAGGAUAUUACAAACCCAGCUCGGAAAACCGUUGCCAGUGCUCUAGUCAAGCUAUUUGUAGAACAGGUUUCUGAGGCGCGGAAGCAGGACUCUUUCAAACUGCCCCAGGGGAAGACAGUGGAAGCGGUCGCCGGGCAGCUCGGUAUGUCGAUCGAGCAUGCUAUGUAUCAAAAUCUCUGCGGAGGUUCCGGGGAACCAACGGAACCGUAUAAGUCACAGCUUCGGACGAUCUUGUUCAACGUAAAGAAGAACACGUCCCUACGGGAUAGUUUGCUCGUAGGCAAUCUGCUCCCAGAUACUCUAUCCAAGAUGAGUUCUCAGGACAUGGCGAGCAAGGAGCUGCAGCAAAAGGAUGCGGAGAUCAAACGAGAAGCGGAGCGCCAACACAUCAUCGCCACCCAAGAACAAGGGCCACGGAUCAGACGGACGCAUAAGGGCGAGGAACUAGUUGAGGAGGACGACCACGUUUCAAGCGAACCUGUUUUCUCGACGGCUCCGGCUCGUCGUAUGACUGACGGAAGUCCCAGCCCUGAUGGUCAGCAACGUCGCAAGUCGAAUGAAGGUCGACGAGCCGGCAAACCACGACCAAUUGAAACCGAUGGACAGUCACACGACCAACAUUUCGCUCAUUCCCCCGGCCAUGAUGAUCAGGUCUUCCCCGAGGUCGCUACGCAUAUCCGAGAGCCUGUGCCAGGUGGAAAGGCCCAGGCUGACGCAGAGAUUGACCAUCUACUGAGGGAUGACGAUGAGCCCGACUCACCUCCGUACUCCCCCAAGGACUACGAUGAGGAGGGAUCUGUAUGGCGCGGCAAAGUGGUGAUGAACCCUAUUGGAGAGUUCACAUCAUCAGCAAAGCAUGUCGGUGGUGCAGAUCUGAGCGAGAGGUUACCAUGGAGCCAGCUCGCACCGCCAACAUUGCUGAUCAACGGCCGGAUAGAGAUCCAGCUGGCCAGCAACUACCUCUGUGGCCUACGAUUCAGCACAUCAACAGACGUCGUCGUGAUGUCCAUCAAUGCGCCUGAGAACCAUAAGGAGCGUGCAGGAUUCGACAAUCUGUUCAACUACUUUGCAGAUCGCAAGAGGUACGGUGUCAUUGGAAAGCACCCAUUGCCGUCCGUUACGGAUACGUACCUUAUCCCGGUUGAGGCAGGGACAACCAAGAAGCCCGAUUUCCUGGAGCUGUUGGAAAAUAACGCCCUUGAUGAUUCCCUGCAGGACCGGAUCCUGUUGGCCGUCUUCGUCGUCAAGACUGGUGUCUCGAACCGUCCUUCAGUACAGCCCCCUUCGCAUCACCCGAGCCAGGAACCCGUAAACACCGCAAGUCCAUUGACUACUGCUGCGCCGACGCCUCAGCAGGCGCAGGCCCCGUACAUGUUGCCGGGACAGCAGCAUCCAGCUCAGGUAUCCCCUACUCCGCCAGCACCUUUCCCUGGCGCACCAGCUCUUGCACAGACACCACAAUAUGCCCAACCGCCACCGCAGCAGCAACAACCUGUUCACCCGGCGGGCCAAUUCCACCAAUAUCAACCCAACGUCCCCGCCCCUCAGCCUGUCACUGGUCUUCCAGCCGCCAUCCAGGUGCUAGGACCUCAGGCACACGCACCUGCCAUUCAACAGCUCCUUCAACAAGCACCGAACGCAGAUGCCUCCCAGUUAUUGGUGGUACGAGAUAUUCUUUCCCGACAGCCAGAUAUUGCGUCCAGCUACCAGGCGUUGACUGAGGCGCUGUACCAUGCUACGACUAAUGGACAUGGUGCCUCUUAG